CCUCGUCCGUCGCCUGCGGAUCGUCACAGCACCAUGCGAGCAGGAGAGACGCGCCCUGUGCCAUGCUGAACAACUCUCCGACUCUCCUGCUGGCUCUCACCGCGGUGGCCGGACUUCUCCAGCGAUGCCAAGGCUGGAGCGACGAAGACCUGCUCCUGCCACCCAUCAACUCCUCCAACAGGUUCCUGGCCAACCUGGAGGUGGACGUGCGCUUCUCCAAGAGGUCUGUGGAGGAGAGCGAAGCCUCGUCCGAUGCCUCCUCAUCAUCAUCCUCCUCCUCCUCCCUGCAGUCGCUGUCCCAGUGCAACGUGAGCGUCCAGAGACUCCUGCCCACCUCGCUGGUGGCUCGAUGGGACAGCAGCUUCGGGUUCCAGUGUGAUGUGCUCAUCUACACCACCAACAACCACGGAAGGGCUUUUUUCUCCGCGGCUUUCAACAGGGCUCUAUCGCCCGUCGUCAUCGAGCACCUUGGGGUCACCGGGGGUCAGCAGGAGUUGAGGCUGUGCGUGGGCUGCGGGCUGUCUCGGUACCGGAGGUUUGGCCAGGGACGGGCGCGGGGCCAGCAGAGCGGGGAUCAGGUCACUUUCUGCUGCGUGGAUUUCAGCCUCGAUGAGCUGAAGGGGGACAAAAGUUGGAGGCUGAACAGGAAGCCGAUCGAGUCAACACUUGUGGCUUGUUUCAUGACUUUGGUGAUCAUUGUGUGGAGUGUUGCUGCUCUCAUAUGGCCAGUCCCGAUCAUUGCAGGAUUUCUGCCCAAUGGGAUGGAGCAGAGGAGACCCAGAUAACUGAAAUAAUCUUUAUCACCUGGUAAUUAGCCUGUGCUGCCUAUACGAUAAUUGUAGCCAUUCUACUGUUCACCUGGA